UUUGGGUUGAGAAAAAUUCUCGAGGCCCAGCGAUUGCCAUUUGAAUUUUCAAAACUCGAGACCGUUUCCUGGGCUCUUCAAUAUAUUCUAUGCAAGGCGAAGAAGAGUUUUCUUCUUAUUUUACUACCUCGAGUCCACUACAAAUGAUCUUAGGAAAAAUAGAUAAGUCUAAAAUUUCUAUGAUGCGAAUACCUUUGCGAAUUCUUGCCUUCUCUCCUUUCAGAGUUUCCUUGUUAAGAUACGUGAAGGAGCAGUUUUCAUCAAAGCAUUGGACAAGAAACCGUUCGAAGCUGUUUGUAUUUGGUGGAGUUAUUAUAGUAGCCUUCAUAGUAGCGCAAAGAAGAAAAAUUCACAGAGCUCUAACUGUCUCUUCUAACUUGACUCUUGUUCGGAGUGCAGCACAGCUAACCAGCGAUUCAACAAAGAUAUUGAGAGACGAGGUUUCUCAAAAGUCUAUUUCUAUCUAUAGAUAUGUCAUUUCUUUAGUGUGCAACUUACUUAACAAAUUUCAUGGCGCUAUCAAAAUUUCCGAUGACCAACAAAGGCAAAGUGAUAUAAGCUCCAUAAAAAGUUUAGUAAGAACGAGAACAGAGAAGUUGCUGCAAUUUUUUCGAAUCAUUCAAGGCAAACCGCCUGCCGGACUGAAUCUUGAGGAAACAGUUUAUAACCAAGUAGAAGCAAUAUGUGACUUGCUAGAGGUCCUAUUGAUGCAAAGAGACGAGCCGUAUAAUCAGUUCAAUCAUGCGCAUAACUUGAAAGCUUCUCCUGUUGGUCAUUCUAGGAUAGGACAGCAAGACAAAGUCUUGGAACCUCUUGAAUCCAACGACUACAACAUCCACGUAGAUAAAGAAAACAGUCCUUGCAAUGCCUAUGAAAAAUUGAACAAUGCAAUAUCUUUAACAGAACGACUGACAAGAGACCUGGCAACUUUUCGAAAAUCGAAAGAACAGAGUUGAAGUAAUUUCAAGUAAGUUUGUGUUUUCCAUUGAUAAAAUGCAUGUUAAGAUAUUUCAACUUUACG